GAAUGGCUUCAACAAUCAGCACUCAGCGAGGACAGGGUUAAACACGUGAGGGAUUUAGGCCGAGUUGUCGGUACUCAACUCUUCGCCUCUCCGUGAUCGGGCCGUGACCUGAAUACCUUCUGUAAGUAAACAUGCUACUUCCAGCAUUAUGUUGCAAACUUCUGGAGAGCAAUAGCACGAAUUCUAAUCGAAUGACACACUCUGGACUUUACCAUUCCUGGACUUUACUUCUAAUUGCAGCAUUUUUGAGAGAUGAGUGAACGUCACUGCUGGUAGUUACAGUAAAUGUGGGUGACGCCGGAGCGGUCGGUCCUGUGCAGCCAGUUCUGAAUGGAAGAAAUACGACGGCACGCCUACCGAAGCUUAAAUAGGUUCCUGGAGCUGAUCAGGCAUCAUUCUGUUCUCCUCCUAUGAUCCAGCAGCAAGACCUCUGAGCUACAAUGGUGCCGCCAAAGAACACGGUGUACGUCGGGGAACUGCCGAAGGACUUCCUUCGGAUCACCCCGACUGUGCAGCAGCAGCAGGUGCAGAUUGAUGCUCAAAAGGCGCAGGAGAUGCAGUUCGACGGGAACAUGAACUCCCCCGGCCGGAUCAGCAUCACCGUGGUUCAGGGUAAACUGGCUAAAAACUACGGCAUGACACGGAUGGACCCGUACUGCAGGAUCCGGCUGGGCUAUGCGGUCUACGAGACGCCCACGGCGCACAACGGAGCCAAAAACCCACGCUGGAACAAAGUGAUCCAGUGCCCACUGCCCCCUAAUGUGGACUCCUUCUACCUGGAGAUCUAUGAUGAGAGGGCGUUUUCAAUGGAUGACCGCAUCGCCUGGACUCACGUCACGAUUCCAGAGAAUCUAAAGAAGGGUCUAGUGGUGGAUGAGUGGUUCAGCCUGAGUGGGAGACAGGGCGAUGAUAAAGAGGGCAUGAUCAACCUAGUCAUGUCCUAUUCUUCCCUGGCAGCAGGAAUGGUGAUGCCAUCUCAGCCCGUAGUCCUAAUGCCCACAGUUUACCAGCAGGGCGUCGGCUACGUGCCUAUCCCAGGAGUGCCCGCUGUACCAGGCGUCUACAACCAGGGCGUGAUGCCAAUGGGAAUGCCCAGCAGCGCCCCCCAGCAGCCGCUGUACAGCGAGCAGGACCUGAGGGCCCUGGGCGACAUGUUUCCCGACGUGGAGAAGGAGGUGAUCCGAAGCGUGAUGGAGGCGCAGCACGGGAACAAGGACGCCGCCAUCAACUGGCUGCUGCAGAUGGCCGAGGAGGUUUAAACCCGCCCGCGGCGCUCGCUCGGGUACAUGCCAAGUCCUCACGUGUAGCACUUUCAUCAGUUUUCCUGAAAUAUGUCCAUCAUGUUGAAAGUCUCACCGUCGCUGAACUGAGUCGGAUCGUUGAAAUAAUUUCACUGAAACUGAGAGACUCAUGUUCUGUACAUUAUUAUUGAUUCUAAUUCAUGUUCAGUAUUUUUUGUAUUUGUAGUUUUAUUUGGUUCGCUCUGGACGAGCUCGUCUGUAAAGGCGCAUUCCCGUGUCUCGACCACGCGUCUGUAUAAAUUCAGCUCAAUCUAUAAAAGCAUAGAAAUAUAUUUAAUGGAUUGUAUAUAAUCAGAUGAAUAAUAAAGUUCUAUUUCCAGAAAUGUAAAUCGGCGCUUCUGUAUGCGGAACGUCAGCGUGAUGAAGUCGUGUAGCGCUUGUUAAACACACACACACACUUUAACACGAGUGUGAACGCACACGCUGUUCUGCAACACGUCAUAACCACUGUUUUCAUUUCUAAUGUUGAGCAUUUUAGAGGAACGUGGUGAUCUUAGGGGUUUGAAUCCCAGUCUGGGCUCAUGUAGCAUGGCGUAAAGUAAGCCUAGUCGUCCGGGACACACGUCGGUGCACUGUCGGUGCCGGUCCCAAGCCCGGAUCAUUAGGAAGGUCGAGUCCAGGAAAAUCAUCCGGCGUCGAAGCAAUUCAAUCCUGCUGUCAUACGUGACCCGACGGCUCUGGAUUAGCGUACAGAUUAGAAAUCCUGGCCCAUUUCUAUUCACAGUUCAAUCAAAAGUCUAAACGAACUCGAUCUGAUUUAGAAGUAUCAGACACGCGUAUCAGAACCAGGAUCGCUCUGCUCUCGCUUUGCUAACGCUGUGCGCAAUGCCAAAGGUUUUUUCUUUGAAGCGCGUGUUUGUGUAGCAGAGGUUUUAUUUUUUUCUUUCAUGUUUUUAUCAGGAUGUUCGAGGUUUAAAGCAACAUGCUAACAGUGACUGAUUUUUGCUGUACAACCCCUCGCCCCCCCCCCCCCUCCCUGAAAUGGCACUGUGUUGCUCAUGUUAAGCUUCAUAAAUCCUGUAUUUUAGUUUUGUUUAGUUGAUACUGUAUUUCUUUUUUGUUUUGUUUAGUUUUGUUUAGUUGAUACUGUAUUUCUCUGUGUGCACAUAAUUGUGUGUUUGUGAAUCCUUGAUCUUGUACAUUGAACCGAAUGAAGCUUUGAUGCUAUUUGUUGUAUCUUGUAUUCUGAAUAAAAGAUUUAAAAGUAA